AAAGGAAGAGAGAAUGGUGGGGGGCCUGUGAUUCCGUGAAAUCAGAAAACACUCAAAAGCAGAGAGAGAGAGAAAUUCCAAAGGAGGAUAAUAAAAGUGGGGGUUAAAGACUUGACUACUACCUGGCCAGUAGAGACAUCCAAAUCCAAUACCCAAAAGCCAGAAACCUUGGGAUUCAGCUCUGCUCAUUCAAUUCAUCAAUUCCCAUUCAAGAGAGGAGCAAACACUAAGCAUGGAGGUUGGUCAGAUGCAGAGACGGUUGAUUGAAUACACCAAGUCCUUGUUUAUGGAGGGGAUCCUGGAUGAUCAGUUUUUGCAGCUUCAACAACUUCAAGAUGAGAGCAACCCAGAUUUUGUUGUUGAAGUGGUCUCUCUUUUCUUUCAAGAUGCUGAGAAGCUUCUCAAUGAUAUCACUAGAGCUCUAGAUCAGCAAAGUGUAGACUUCCCAAAGGUUGAUGCUCAUGUCCACCAGCUGAAGGGUAGUAGUGCCAGCGUGGGUGCACAGAGAGUUAAAAAUGGCUGCAUUGCUUUUCGCAACUUCUGUGAGGAACAGAACGUUGAUGGGAGCUUGAGAUGUUUGCAACAAAUAAAACAAGAGUACUACCACGUGAAGAACAAGCUUGAGGCACUAUUCAGGCUGGAGCAACAAAUUGUAGCAGCUGGUGGGUCAGUUCCUAUGAUGGAAUUGAGUUUCUAAGGCUACCUAAUUGCUGGGAAAGCAAGUCUAAUUGUGGGGGGGUUUGCUGUAGAGAAGCUAUUAUAUGAAUUAUGUAACCACUUUUGUCACUUCAUGGUUCUCUUUAACUCCUAUGCUUGUAUGAAUGAAAAGAGCUUUCUAUUUAGAGACAUUUCUCAAUAUGAGAUUGGAACUCAAAUUAUGGUUUUCUUUAUUUAACUUGUAUUUUCUUCUGUUAUUCAUAUGAUAUUAACUAGAUAA